AAACAGCUUGAAAAAUGAUUGAUUCCUGAGAAAAUAUCCAAAGAAAUUUUACUUUAUGGAAUAUCUCAGGUACUUGGCUCAAUAAUUCGGAGUCAUAUCAGCCGGCGAACGCCGAACACGUGUGUGAGCAGCUUUGCUCCAGAAAGACGGGAUAUGGUUUAAAAUUUAGGAGGGGAUUGUAGAAAAGUUGAACACUAGUCUGACCGGCUGACUCAUUCAUAAAACGACAGUCUGUUCUGGUGUGCUUACCGCCACUUUGAAACGCUUUGUGGUCUGCUUCUUUUCAUUUUAGACGAAAACUGAAGGAUUUUAAAAUUAUUAUGGCUACGAGAAAUCGAGAGGAACCAGUGAAACAACGAUAUCAAGCAAACGCUCGUGAAAGGGAUCGAACGCAUAGGUGUCAGUCUCAAGAAAUCCAAUCUUCACUGUGCAGCGUAAACACAGCUUUCAGCACCUUGAGAACCCUGAUUCCAACGGAACCUGCUGAUAGGAAAUUGUCGAAAAUUGAAACUUUAAGACUGGCAAGUAGCUACAUCAAUCACUUGGGUGCAGUUUUGGUAGCAGGUGCGAUUGACCAACCAUGCCUCAGGAAAGAAAAUCAUAGUUAUCAGAUAAAUCACUGGGAUGAAUCUCAAAAAAGGCCACAAGUCUGCACUUUUUGUCUCGCCAACCAUAAAAAAUGUAAUCUGAAUUUUGGGUCUCAAAUGAUUUCUGAUCGAUCCAGCAUAGAAAGUUCAUCCUACGUUGUAAUGCCGGUUCAUUCCGGCAAUUAUUUUAAUAUGAAUUAAACAUGAAUAUAAUUAGUCUAAUUAUUCACAAUUAAUUAUAAUUAAUGUAUAUAAAACUUGUAAAUAUAAUAUUUUCACUAUUUUUACAUAGUGAUUUUUGUAAUUAUGCAACA